GGUAUGAAUAUUUGGGAAAUUCCUCCAAAUGGGCAAGGAAUCACAACUUUAUUAGCCCUGAAUAUUUUAGAAAAUUUCAAUGUCAAAGAUCUGGACCAUAAUUCUACUCAUUACUUGCACAUUUUAAUUGAAGCAUUCAAGCUGAGCUUUACUGAUAGUUUUUGGUUUUGUGCUGAUCCGGAAAAAGGAACAGUGCCUACAGCACAGCUCCUUUCUAAAUCUUAUGCCAGAGACCGUUCACAUUUGAUCAAGUUACACAGAUAGAUUGGGAGUAUCUACACUUGGAAAACCUGAGAAUAAUUUUUCAUAAGAAAAUAAUUCUUCAUAGAAGUUGCAGAGUUGGCAUGGGAAA